AUUUUUUUUUUUACCUCAAUCACAAUGAACCGGUCUUGUAAGAUAGAUCUGAAUUAUCCCAUUAAUAAUGAGAGAUACACCACCGAGGGCCUUCCAGUACUUGAUGCCACCCUGUUCAUUGUUGUCGGGUUCGGAGGUCUAUCCAUUAUCGUGGCCCUCAUACACAAUGCCAUACAUCGUUAUUUCUUUAAAGAUCAACACAGACUGGACACUGUGUUCGAUGCAGGGGGACGCGUGACCACAAGUCUUACUGCCGUAACCGUAGCUUCCCAGGUUCUUUGGCCGGUCGAUCUGGUGCAAACAUCAGUGAUUGCUACAAAGUCUGGACUUGGAACCAUCUACUUCUAUGUGGUUGGCCUGGCUAUGAUCAUUGCUGUAUUUCCAUGCUUAACUCUUAACUUUAAGUUAAAAGCCCCAGGUGCUAAAACUUAUCCACAGGUUGUUUGUGCAAGGUAUGGAAAGGCUUCUCACAUAUUAUACUGCUGUAUUGCCCUAGCCACAAAUCUCAUCACACUUACGUCCAUGAUAUUGACCGGAAAGUACAUCCUAGAGUCAGUUAUUCCGGGGAUUUCUACAGAGUUAUCGGUCCUGAUCCUCGUCUUCUUGUUUGGUUCCUAUUGUUAUAUUGGGGGACUGGGGGCAGCUUUCUACAUCUCUUAUUUUAACACCUCCCUCAUGUGCAUCGCCCUUGUCGUAUUUUCUUGGCAUUUUCUUUUUCCGACUGAUGACCUUCCGGAAGCAAUUAGAAAUGUCACAGAUAUCAAGAUCAUAUAUGAAUCAGUUCGAUGUGUGAAAGGACCUUCUUUGAAUGCUGCCGAUUCACUUUUAACUUUUCGCUCCGUCUCCGGUUUUACUUAUGGAGUCGUUGCGUUUUUCAUGGUACUUGCAUUAAAUUGUUGCGAUCAAGCUAUGUGGCAGAGCAGAAUAGCGGCCAAGCCGGAGCAAGGAGUAACUGGUUUCCUCAUUGGUUGCUUUUUAUACUUUUCUAUCCCGACCUCGUUGGCUCUACCGACAUUUCUUUCUUAUGUUUCACUUAGUUAUCAGAAUGGAUCCUACCUCUUGUCACAGUCCGACAUGGAUAAUGGUUUCAUAACAAAUAUUGUAAUGGAAAAAGUAUUGGAUUCCAGUGGAUCAUAUUUACUUUUAAUGAUCGUCUUCAUGGCGCUCAUGGCCACUGGAUCUGGAGAAGUUAUUGCAGCAUCUUCCAUAAUAAUCUACGACAUUUUUAAAACCUAUAUAGGUCCUUUCAGAAAGGACUGUGGACCCUCAGCCUGUCCCCUUUGCGGAGCAAUGAAAUUUUCCGUCGGUGAUAAAAAUAGGUCAUAUUGUAAAUGCAUUAAUUCAACAGAAUGCUCUAAAUGUGUUGAUGAUGUUGAAUUGUGUGCCUCAGGCCGUCCAGACUAUCAGCUCCACUACCAAUGCCCAGUCCAUGGUGAAUAUCGUCAUUAUGAGGACAUGCUGAAACAGUAUAAAGGCUGGACAAUAAUGUGGAUCUCCUUGGCUCUUAUUCCAUAUGGUAUUGUUAUUACAAACCUUGAUCUCAAUUUAACCUGGGUAUUCUUUGUCUUGGAGACUCUUUUAACUCCAUUCAUUUCACCUCUGGUGCUGACGUUUACUUGGUCCAAAUGCACGUCAAAAGGAUUGAUUUCAGGAACCAUGUCUGGCUUGAUUGCAUCAAUUAUUGCUCUUUUAAUUGUGGCUGAGGUCGCUUAUGAUUCGGGAUUGAGCGAUUUCUUUGUUACUACUUCAUCUGACUACAGUCUUCUUGGGGCAUGCAUUGCUGGACUUGUAGUUAGUACCGUGGUCACAAUCGUCGUUUCUUUUGCAACUCACUCAAUAAAAAGCAAAGCGGAUGAAGAAAAGGAAUGGGGGAAAAUGAUAUCAAUUGAUAAUCCUAUAAACUCAUGGAAGAUGUUGUACGAAGAGGAACUAGAAAACUUUCACAAAAGCAAGGACGUGACGGUCUCAGAUAUGCAGCUGAUUUUCCGCAAGGCCAAGAGAAUGGCGUAUAUUGGAGCCCUGGUGUGUGGAAUUGUGCAGGUAGUUUUAAUCCCAGGAAUCAUGCUGGCUUUCGAGGAGUUGUCGGCAGAUCAGCUUUACAAUUGGAUGUUGUUCUUUUUCAUCGCACUGGUUAUUGCGACAACUUACUCUGUUAUCGCUCCACCAGUUGAGGAAAUCAUUAAAGUAUUUACCCUAGCAAGGAAAAACAAAAGACAACCAUUAGAAACAAAAAGUCGCAAUGAUGGUGGAAAGAUAACAGCUUCUAGCAGACUUUAGUAACUAGGCCGUUAAUAGAAAUAUUUUGGAAUUUGGAGGCAACUAUGUUGAAAUGCUAUAAAACAGUGUAUAAUAUUACAAGAAGAACUUGUUGAAACAAAACAACCAUAUUCAUCUCAUGUCUGAUGACAAUGUGUUAAGACUAUGCACAUAUACUAGUAGCUUUUGUCUAUCUAUGUAUCUUGAGAAGUACUUGAGACACAGAAAACAAGUGUAAUCGGGAAUUUCACCACAUCUCGGAGUAACUUUUUGCAUAAGAAACCUGGUCAUUUUUAUUUUAUGAAAUCCCUAUAAUAUCAAAUAUUACAUGUUAUCCCUGAAAAAGCGGUUUUUUUAAUCAAAAAAAAAAGGAAAAAUAAUUACACUGUGUUAAAGAAAAAAUAUUUAAAACCUUUUAAAUCGAAAUAUUUUUUCACUUUUGGCGUUAGGCUGAUUUUGACCAAAUAUGGUCUUUGUCCUUUAAAAUUAUUUCUAUCCAGAAUUAACAACAAAAAGUUCUAAUUGAGAUAUAUAUAAAAAAUGAAGGUCGUAUAAAAUCUCUUCAUUUUUAAAUUCAUUAAAUCUCUUUUCUCUCUGUCAUGAAGAAAAAAUUUGAAUUGAUCUUGGUAGAAUAAGACACGUAUAUAGAUAAAUAUAAAUAAUGCAAACAUAAAAAUUGGAUGCCCGGGUUGAUAUAAAUUUUCAACCUAUUUUAUUGUA